AUGUUAGAACUGCAGCAGAAAGAAAGAGUUCGAUCUGCAGGAGUCAGUAAUUUUGGUGUAGAUCAUUUAGAAGUAUUGAAGAAUUCUAGAAGGCCAAUGCUAUCUGUUAAUCAAAUUGGAUUACGCCCAUGGUCACAGAAUACCGAUAUAAUUAACUGUUGUCGUAUGAAUGGAAUAGUGUCAAUGGUGUAUUUACUAUUCGCUCGUGCUAGUGUUCUCAAUGAUCCGUAUCUAAGACAGUUAAAUCAAAAAUAUCAAGGAACAUCCGCUCAGAUAUUAUUACGAUAG